AUGGCAAUUCGCGAGGACUUGGUAGCCUCUGCGGCUCAAUUUCUGCAGGACCCUAGCGUUGCCUCGUCUUCCGUCGAGAAUAAAAUCCAGUUUCUACGGUCGAAGAACCUGACCCAAGAGGAGAUCAAUGCUGCCCUCGCUCGGUCAGGCAACGCAGCUCCAGUCGCCGCUGCGCAAUACGGCCCUCCCGCCGGUCCUCCACAACAAUACUAUCCUCCUUAUGCACAACAAGCAUGGCAGCCUCCUCCACAAGUUCCCCGGCGAGAUUGGCGAGACUGGUUUAUUAUGGCCACGGUUGUCAGCGGGGUCGGCUACGGUCUGUACUCGUUGAGCAAGCGAUAUGUCUAUCCUCUCAUCGCACCCCCCACACCUGAAAGACUGGAACAGGACAAGAAGUCGAUAGAAGAGCAAUUCGACAGAGCUUUUGCCUUGGUUGAGCAGUUGGCGAAGGACACUGAGGCUCUCAAAGACGCCGAGCAGCAGAGAACCGAGAAAUUGGAUUCUGCAAUUUCCGAGCUUGAGACGGUCAUGACCGAUCUCAAGUCUGCGAAUCGCCGACGGGAGGACGAUGCGCAGCGCAUUCGUGACGAGGUUCAGGCUUUGAAAGACGCAAUUCCCAAGGCUAUGGAUAACCAGAAGAGUCUGACUGACAACCGAUUGGCCGAAAUCAAUACUGAGCUCACCAGCCUCAAGACGUUGGUUUCCCAGAGGAUGGCGCCAAGUUCCUCGCCUGCCACCACCAGCUCGUUUCCACGCUCACCCGGCGGCACCCUCGCUGCUGGCCGAUCUUCAACUCCAGCGGCGACAGUGGAGAGUGUUCCCGAGACACCAAGCACCCCAGCGACAACUGCGAGUGCCACCGAACCCCCAAAGAGUCUCGCGCAAAGCUCCUUCAACAGACCCGCCGGGUUUUCCAGUGGCGGUAGCAGCUCUACCAAGGCAUCAAUUCCCGCCUGGCAGAUGGCGGCCGCCCAAUCUGCCUCCAGCGCAUCUACCACAACUCCUACUGAGGGCAGCAGCAAAGAAGUUGGUACCAGCUCUUAA